CAGAUGCGAUCCUCUGUCCUCGUGGCGUUUAGCACCACCGAGCAAGGCGAGCGAACAGCAGCGCUGGUAGAGAGCGAGAGAUAGACAGUGACAGUGUGAGCAAGAGAGAGCGGCAUAACAACACCAUGACAGCACAGAACACAUACGACGUUAUAGUUAUUGGAGGAGGAAUAUCAGGGCUGAGUGCAGCUAAGCUGUUGAAGGAGAAAGGGCUGAGUCCUGUGGUUCUGGAAGCUAGAGACCGGGUUGGUGGACGGACCUUCACCGUACAGAAUGAGCAGACUAAGUAUGUUGACCUGGGCGGGGCCUACGUCGGGCCUACUCAGAAUCGUAUCCUCCGAUUGGCUAAAGAGUGUGGAGUCAAGACCUACAAAGUCAACGAGGAGGAGAGACUGGUGCAUUAUGUAAAGGGGAAGUCCUACCCAUUCAAAGGCUCCUUCCCCCCCAUGUGGAACCCAUUCGCUCUGAUGGACUACAACAACCUGUGGAGGAAGAUGGAUGAGAUGGGCAGUGAGAUUCCCAGAGAGGCUCCAUGGAAGGCUCCCCAUGCUGAGGAGUGGGACAAGAUGACCAUGAAGCAGCUCUUUGAUAAGAUCUGCUGGACCAGUUCUGCGAGGCGGUUCGCCACUCUGUUUGUGAACGUGAAUGUGACCUCUGAACCCCACGAGGUGUCUGCCCUGUGGUUCCUCUGGUACGUCAAGCAGUGUGGAGGGACCAUGAGGAUCUUCUCCACCACCAACGGAGGACAGGAGAGGAAGUUUUUGGGAGGUUCCAGCCAGAUCAGUGAGUGUAUGGCCAAAGAGCUGGGUGAGCGGGUCAAGAUGGAGUCUCCUGUCUACAAGAUUGACCAGACAGGGGACAUGGUCGAGGUCGAGACGCUCAACAAGGAAACAUACAAGGCCAAGUAUGUGAUUGUGGCAACCCCUCCUGGUCUGAACUUGAAGAUGCACUUCAACCCCGAGCUGCCCCCUCUCAGAAACCAGCUGAUCCACAGGGUCCCCAUGGGCUCUGUCAUCAAAUGUAUUGUCUACUACAGAGAGAACUUCUGGAGGAAGAAAGGGUACUGUGGCACUAUGGUGAUCGAGGAGGAAGAGGCCCCCAUUGGCUUGACUCUGGAUGACACAAAGCCCGAUGGGACUGUGCCCGCCAUUAUGGGCUUCAUCCUGGCCCGCAAGUGCAGGAAGCUAUGUGGACUGACGAAAGAGGAGAGGAAGAAGAGGAUCUGUGAGAUCUACUCCAGAGUGCUGGGCUCAGAGGAGGCUCUGCAUCCUGUGCACUAUGAGGAGAAGAACUGGUGUGAGGAGGAGUAUUCUGGCGGCUGCUACACUGCUUACUUCCCCCCUGGUAUACUCACCCAGUACGGCAAGGUUCUCAGGGAGCCAGUAGGCAGACUGUACUUUGCAGGAACAGAGACAGCUACCGAGUGGAGUGGCUACAUGGAAGGGGCUGUUCAGGCAGGGGAGAGGGCCGCCAGAGAGGUCAUGUAUGAAAUGGGCAGGAUUCCACAGAGUCAGAUCUGGCAAACAGAGCCUGAGUCAGUGGAAGUCCCAGCACUCCCGUUUGUCACCACCUUCUGGGAGCGAAACCUUCCAUCUGUGGGCGGGUUCAUCAACUUCUUGGGCGUAGCCUCCGUCCUGUCUGUUGCCACUGCAGUAGGCAUGUUGGCCUAUCAGAAGGGGCUUCUCACCCGGAGCUAAACCUAAACCCCUCCCAUCCACCUCCUCUCCUGCAUCUCCAGAGGGCAAUUCUCUGACGGCACACUAUUCCCUUUACAAUGCACUUCUUUUGACCACAGCUAGAGUAGUGCUCCACUUUUGACCACAUAGAGUUCUGGUCUAAAGUAAUGCACUUUAUAGGAAACAGGUUGCCAUGUGAGACGUUGCCACUCUGUGUCAUAGGCCUUGGUAAAGACUGUUCAGCUCUGUCAUUCACUACUGUACCGUCCAUUGUUCUAAAAACCUCCAUCCUCCACAGUGUCCCAACACAGGAUCUAUCAAGACCAGCUCACAAUAAUAUUGUCUGUUCUGCUAAGAUUGCUCUUUGAUACCUGAGAUGGGAGAUGAGAGAGAAUCCCUAGCCAAAAAUAAGUCUGUGAUUCAGACUCUCAAACCAAUGAAGGAUGACAACUAAAUCAGAGUUAUUGAAACAGUAGCUUUCCCAAUGAAGUUAUCAUUCACAAAUCUGCAUUGACUGUUUGAGAAUGUGUGUGUUAAUUACCUCUGCUGAUUUUAGGUGCUGACUAAUCUGAUCUAUAAUGUCAUAGAACCUGUAAAACCAGCUCUAAGAUUAAGUUUAGUAACAGUUUAGCAAUGGCAUAAUAUUGUCAGAAUAGCUGUGUUAUUAAUGCAUCAGAAUCCUACAUCCAGAGGUGUUUCUGUUACGUUGCUCUCAACAGACAUAGUAUUCCUUGUAAAGAGAAUGGAAACCUUUUUUAUGUAUUUUCAGGAUUAGAUUUAAUUCAUUGUUGUAAUUUAAUCUCCUAUGCGUAUAUUUGAAAUAUUAUGCAUUUGAUUUUUUCCCAUGAGCCUCGAUCCUCGACGAUAGUCAUGAAUUGUAUUUUGAAGAUGUCCAUUUUAUUGUCUGGGACCAUUUUUAAGAUUACCGAACAACAACAAAAAAACUAAGAAUAUUACUACAGUAAUACAACAAUAUGAUUAUUCUCAUCUAUGAUUUCAGUAGGUAGAUCUCCAUCCAUUAUUUCACACAACCUUUGUGCACAUGUGUGUAAUUAUGGACAGACUUCAUUUGUAACCUUUCUAUUUAAAUGCUCUCAUUGAUACAUAUUGAUUGAUCAUAGAAAUAUUUACAGCAGUAUUUAUUUAGCCGCCUACCCGUUAACCAGCUAAAUAAACACUGCCUAUAUUUAAACUUAUCGUCUUGAUUCUCCCAUGUAUUUCUGCUGAAGCCAGAGCAUACCCUAUGGAAGAGGCACAUCAUUUACCAGAAAGUAGCCUUGUAGUUUUAGAAUUUUUGUAGACUUUUUGAAUGGUCUUCAAUGGGCAAAAAUGUAAGGCAAUAGUCUUCAAGCUAAAUACUUCGUAAAUGUGGAAGUAAAUUCAUCCACAAAAACAAAUAUAAUUUUAUACACAUCUUAAAUGAUCGCUUAAAUUUUUUAAUGAUGUAAUCAUCAAGCCCAUUGAAAAGAUUAGGGGACAUCACCUCGAAGUAAAGCAGGAGGUGUGGAUACUUUCAGAGGGUAUUAAGCUUGCUUCUAACUACAGCUAAUUUGCCCAUGAUACUGAAUAAGUCCAGUUUCACAGUAUUUUCAGCAGAUAUUCCUCUCUUCGCCUAACAAAUAUGUAUGAAACAGAUUUCUAUACAAUAAUAAAGAUCCCUCUAAAAAAAAAAAAAAAUAAGACAACAGUGGAAGAAAAUAAAA